AUGGCUGAGAAGGAGAUAAGACCUGUCUCUUCUCCGCUUUCGGCCGAGCAGCAGUCGAAGGAGGCAGCUCACCUUGAUGAAGAAAUUGAGGUCAUCGAACAGGAGGAACACACAAUACAGUCGCCAGGCGAAGCCCCAUUGCAACCUGCGCUGUCGAGAGCUCGCACUAUCGCUCUAGUGGCCACACUGACUGGAGCUGCAUUCUUGAAGUAA